GGUGUGUUUACUCUAUAAGUACACAAAUUCAUUAUGGGGUGCACAAUAAGUUCUGGCGAAAAGGAAGCAGUAGAGCGUUCAAAAAAAAUUGAUAAAACUCUUCGUGCCGAUGGUGAAAAAGCAGCAAGAGAAGUGAAACUAUUAUUGCUUGGAGCCGGUGAAUCAGGUAAAAGUACAAUUGUGAAGCAAAUGAAAAUUAUUCAUGAAACUGGAUAUUCAAAAGAAGAAUGUGAACAAUAUAGACCAGUUGUGUUUAGCAAUACUAUUCAAAGUUUAAUGGCAAUUAUAAGAGCUAUGGGAAUUUUGAGAAUUGACUUUUCAGAUCCGAGCAAAACAGACAAUGCUCGUCAAUUCUUUUCAUUAGCAAGUGCAACAGCAGAAGGAGAAUUGACUCCAGAACUUGUAAAAUUAAUGAAAAGGCUUUGGGCAGAUAGUGGAGUUCAAGAAUGUUUUUUACGUUCAAGAGAGUAUCAAUUGAAUGAUUCUGCUGCAUAUUACUUAAAUGCUUUAGAUAGAAUUUCAUUACCUAAUUAUGUACCAACACAGCAAGAUGUUUUAAGAACGAGAGUUAAAACUACUGGAAUUAUUGAAACAAAUUUUAAUUUUAAAGGAUUAAAUUUCAAAAUGUUUGAUGUUGGGGGACAACGUUCAGAAAGGAAGAAGUGGAUACACUGUUUUGAAGGUGUUACUGCUAUAAUUUUUUGUGUUGCACUUUCGGGUUAUGACUUAGUUCUUGCAGAAGAUGAAGAAAUGAAUAGAAUGAUUGAAUCAAUGAAAUUAUUUGAUUCAAUAUGUAAUAGUAAAUGGUUUGUUGAUACAUCAAUAAUACUAUUUUUAAACAAGAAGGAUCUUUUUGAGGAAAAAAUACAAAGAAGUCCCCUAAGUUCAUGUUUCCCUGAAUAUACAGGUUCUAAUAAUUAUGAAGAAGCAGCAGCUUAUAUCCAAAUGAAAUUUGAAAGUUUAAACAAAAGAAAGGAUCAAAAAGAGAUUUAUACUCAUUUCACUUGUGCCACAGAUACUAAUAAUAUACAAUUUGUUUUUGAUGCAGUUACUGAUGUUAUUAUUAAAAAUAACUUAAAAGAUUGUGGACUUUUUUAAAAAAAAUUCUGAAUAAUAUCAAUUAGAAAUAUGACUUAGUUUCAAUAAUUUAAUGAACAAUCUACUUUUUUCUAACUGAUAAUGAAUUAAUAAAUGUAAGUGCCAAAUAAUACAAAAAUAUACUAUUAAUUGUCUGUAGCAAAUUAAGAAAGUAUUUAUAUACAUCAAAAUGUAUGUUUUGAAGAAGUCAUAGAUUUACUAUAUCCAUUAUUGAAAAAUAAAAUGUAAAAAUCAUUUUUUUC